AUCGAAACAAAUUUAAUAUAUUAAUAAACAUCAGUAUACUGAACGAAACAGAGCUGUGAAUUCUUGGUUUAAAACAAAAAAAAACUACUCCCCAGUACUUAGUAACUGCGUGGCCAUGUCUUCUCCAAAUUCAUUGAAGAUGAGGAAAAACACUUGCAACGAGGAGUGCCUUCCACCGUUGAACGGGAUCGUUCAGGCACCGAUAAUUCCGCCUUCGAAUCGUCCCGGCCGCAGGACCAACGUCCUAGAUGAAAUUAAGAUCGUGGUGAAUGCCCUCAUGAGGAACCGCUGCUCUUACCACUUUCGUAAACCCUUGGGCACCAAUCCCAUGGAUGUGCCCAACUAUCACAUGUUAAUCAAGCAGCCGAUGGACUUGAGUACGAUCCUGCGGCGUCUGAACAACAAUUACUACUGGCAGGGCAAGGAGGCUGUCGAGGAUGUGAAGCUUAUUUUCGAGAACUGCAAGCAGUUCAAUCAAGAGGGAUCCCAGAUCUACAAGGCAGGCGAGGAGCUAAAGAGCGUCUUCUACAGAUAUGUGGCUUCAUUGGAUAUGACCAGAGAGAAAGAGGUGAAGGAGAAUUCCAGAGGAAGGCGUCCAAACUUCCGACGUCGUCGCCUCUCCAGGAGUGCCUCGUGCCCCUCAGAAUAGUCUAUCCAUCCUGAAGCCCCAAUGAAUUAACUGGCCCUGCAAUAUUUUCUGAAAAGCUGGUUUUUAAAUUUUUAAAAAGCUUUACGAAUUCUCCAGAAGAGCUACUGCGCACACUUAAUAUUGCGGAAAUUUUAAUUACUUUAUGCAAAAUAAUAUAAAAAAUAUAAAUUACU